AGCAUCAGCUGCGAGAGGUCGGCAAUCGGUCUGGAUACGCGGCGAAGUGAUGGCGGCCUCUCUUCCAGACGAGAAAGUCACAGAGUUACGGCAGGUAAUCCACGACCGUCUCUCUCAAGACGAUAUGCAGCGACGAAUCAGAGAACUCGUAAGUGAAACGCUCUACAAUCAGGCGGGAAAAACUACAGACGAUUUAGACCAACAACGACUCAUUGGUUCUCUCCACAGCCGCGGCAUCAUCGACGAACUGAUGACGUCGAUGGGAUUGACGAACAAACAAAAACAUCGACCGACCGAAAGCGGCGAAAAACCACUUCACGUCGAUUCCUCAAAACGGUACCUUUACCUCCAAGUUCUAGGCGGUAAAGCGUUUUUGGAACAUCUUAUGGACACAAAUUCGAGCUCUACUUUCACCUUGUAUGUACACUUUCGUCGUCAGCGGUUCGUGUCGCGGUCUGUUGUCAGCUGUUGUGAACCAGACCUGCGCGAAGGCUUCCUGUUGGAGCUGCGCAAAGACACUGGUUCAAAUCGAAUGAUCUCUGCCGGAGAUACACUGGCUUUAGCCGAUCCCAUCCACUUGGUGUUGAUUAAAACUGAUUGUUCUGGUGAAAGUAGUCUUAUUGGGUCACACUAUAUGGAAUGGAGGAGAGUGUUGUUGUCAAGUCGAAGUCGAUUGUGUGUGGCAGUUGAGAUUAAUGGAGUCGGAGGAGAGGCGAAGGUUCCUGCUGGAAUUCUUGAGCUUCGAUUGGAACUUAUGCCACGCUUGGAGAAAGUACUGUCGGAUGACGUGGUGACCGCACAAAUCGGUUUAGAACACGGUCGUGUGGCCGAACGUGAGCGUCUGUUCUUAGUCUAUGCUAAACAGUGGUGGAAGGAAUAUUUACAAGUUCGGCCAUCCCAUGCUCAUCGUUUGGUGAAGAUUUUUGCUCAAGACGAGAAUGGGAUAAACAGACCGGUUUGUUCAUAUUUGUCGCCGCUGUUGGCUGGACGAUUGCUGGACAAUGCGAGGCAAGCUGCAAGGUUUGUCAGUCUGUUUGGGUACGAGAGAGCGCCAACUGUUGGUGGUGGAGCAAAGACAGAGCAAUGGUGCAGCAUGCACGCAUAUCUGUCUAAAGGAAAAGGAGAUUGCGAAAACCAUGCAAUUCUCUUGUGUUGUCUUCUUCUUGGAUUCAGCCUGGAUGCAUACGUCUGUAUUGGAACGAAAGCGAAAGGCAUGGCUCAUGCCUGGGUGAUGACAAUAGAUACUACAGGUUUAGUUACAUUCUGGGAGAGCCUCACGGGGCAUCGAUAUGUUCAUUGUCCUAUUGACCCCGAUGAGCCACCAGCGGUGCCACAACCUUUGCCAAAGUAUCCCUACAGAACGGUUGGCUGUGUUUUCAACCAUCAGUCGUUUUAUGCAAAUUCACAGCCGUCAGAUUCUCUAGACUGUUGUCAGUUUGCUCUCUUGGAUGAGACACUGUGGAAAUGCAUGAGCUCGGAUGCCAUUCGUUCAGUUUGUGAUGUGCAUCUUCAGCCAUAUUGGCCUGUCCAUCCUCCUCUUCGUGGCAAUACGAUUGAUGCCGGACUAUCGAGUCAUGAGCUGGAAUUGGAGCUGAGAUCACUGACAACAGAGCACAGACAAGAUUUAGGGUUGUCUACGGUUUGGGACAAUCAUCUUGCAUAUCUACUGACACCAGCCCUUGCAGCUUAUGAGCUAGAGCGUUGUACAGGACUGACUGCUGGAAACAGCGAAUUCCAGCAAUCAAUUCGUCGAUCGAUUGCUGAUGGUCAUACCUUCAAGGGUUUUCCUAUACAAUUCAUCCACUCUAAUGCACGCCGCAUAUUUGCCUCGUGCCUCAAAUCCCCGGUAUGCACAGAGAUCGUCACCUGUAGAGGUGAUCAAGUGAGGCUGGCAAUACGGGUACGCAUCUACCCUUACCCAGAGUCAACCAACGCUGUCUGGAUUAUGUUUGCGUGUAAGUACAAGUCAGUAUUGUGA